UUUGAAUUCUUAUUGUUCUGUCUCCUUUCUCUUUCUGAUCUUUCUCUUUUCAUUUCCAUGGAGUUCCAAAGUGUACUUCAAUUUCUUCAAAAUAAGUCCAUCUUCGUCACUGGCGCCACUGGAUUUCUCGCAAAAGUAAUGGUGGAGAAGAUCUUAAGAGUACAACCAAAUGUGAAGAAGAUUUAUCUACUUAUAAGGGCGGCGGACGAGAAAGCUGCGACACAACGCCUUAACACUGACGUGAUUGGGAAGGAGUUGUUCAGGAUAUUGAAGGAAAAAUGGGGAGAAAAUUUUAGAACUAUGAUAUCAGAGAAGCUCGUGGCGGUGGCCGGGGAUAUCUCAGACGAACUUUUGGUCCUCAAAGAGUACUCUCAAUUGAGAGAAGAAUUGUAUGACCAAAUCGAUGUAAUAGUGCACUUGGCUGCAACUACCAACUUUGAUGAGAGAUACGACAUUGCUCUUCAUGUCAACACUUUGGGAGCUAAGCAUGUUAUAAACUUUGCUAAAAAUUGUGUGAAAUUGAAGGCAUUCCUUCAUGUGUCCACAGCUUAUGUUUGUGGAGUGAAGGAAGGACUAAUACUUGAAUCCCAAUAUAACAUGGGAGACACUCUUAAUGGGAAAUGUGGCCUACAAAUUGAAGAUGAGUUAAACCUUGUGGAUUACAAAAUAUCUGACCUUCGAGCUAAGGGAGCUACCCAACAAUCUAUCACUUUAACCAUGAAAGAAAUGGGUUUAGAAAGAUCACAAAAUUAUGGAUGGACAAACACAUACGUAUUUACAAAAGCAAUGGGAGAAAUGUUGAUAUCCGAAUUAAAAGAAAAUAUUCCUGUGGUUAUUAUACGUCCUACUAUUGUUUCAAGCACUUACAAAGAACCCUUUCCUGGCUGGGUUGAAGGUGUAAGAACCAUUGAUAGCCUUGCUGUUGCAUAUGGUAAAGGGAAAAUAACAUGUUUCCUCGGAGAUGUCAAUGCACUAGUAGAUGUGAUUCCAGCUGAUAUGGUCGUGAAUGCGAUGCUCGUAGCAAUGGUAGCACAUGCAAGCCAACCGUCAUCCUAUGCUAUUUAUCAUGUGAGUUCCUCCAUGAGAAAUCCAGUGAUGUAUGGGAAGCUUCAAGAGUAUGGAUUUCACUACUUUAGUGCAAACCCAUGGAUCAACAAGGAUGGACAACCUGUUAGGGUUGGAAAGGUCACAAUUUUGAACGACAUGGCUAGCUUCCAUAGAUAUAUGACCAUUCGGUAUUUGGUAUUUCUUAAGGGAUUAGAAGUGCUAAAUAUUGCACUUUGCCACUACUUUGAUGGAAUAUUGUUCAAUUUCAACCGUAAGAUCAAAUAUGUUCUACGAUUAGUCGACCUCUAUGGCCCUUACUUGUUCUUCAAAGGAGUCUUUGACGAUAUUAAUACAGAAAAGUUGAGAACAGCUGCAAAAGACAAUGGAAUUGAGACAGAUUUGUUCUACUUUGAUCCAAAAAGCAUCAAUUGGGAUGAUUAUUUUAUGAACAUUCACAUUCCAGGAGUUGUUCGGUAUGUUUUUAGAUAAUUAUUAUUUACAACAUAUAUUAUAUAUUAGUUUGUGUGUUAUGACAUUUUACAAUUUGAAAACUAAUAAAAUGUCCUCGUACUUGUAAUGUAUUUAACUCCUCACCCUUAUUAAAAUACUUAUAAUUAUUGUAAAAGGAUUAUCUAUCUAUUAUCUCAAUUCUGGUGAAUAAAUAUGUUUAUUUGCUUUA